AUGAGAGCAGGUGAAAUGCACCAUCAUCCCGUUCUGUUUGAUCUAACUAUGCUCUAAUAUUAGGAAUAAACCAGCUCUUAAUCGGAUGUAUGUGACACCAUGUGCAGUACCACAUACAGUAUGGGAAAUCAGGAAAAGAGUUAUGAUAAAUGGACCCAACCUGGCUGGAGAAUAGAGCAGAAGUAUGCAAACAAUGUUCUUAUUGGCAACUGGGUGGAAGAUAAGUUUCAGUUCACUCGAGAGUGUAAGACAGCCAACAGCACCAACCGUGCAGACUACCAGCCACAGUGGGACCACCGGCCAGACGUCAUCCUCAGACGAGAGGCGCUGCGGAAAGCUGAGGGCCUUCCUGCUAAGCUGCUUCUCUCCCACCAUGGCACGCUGCCCUCCCAUUACCUGGUCACCCUCUAUGAUGAGAUGUAUGGGCGCCAGGGCACCUCCACCCUGCCUCCGUUGCGUUCCUGGCAUCCAGACAGGCUGGCGUGGACGCCAGAGAAGUCUGACCACCCAAGCUUGGCACCUCCAACUAACUUUGGCCUGGUGGAGUCUAGACAGGUCCGUCUGGACCAGCAGCAGUCCCCCCUCCCUGCGCUGAGUGUGUAUAGGUCAGCGUACCAGAAGUACCCACUCAGUGCUUUCUGCCAGCCCCGCUUCGCCAGUGUGCCACGAGGCCACUCCAGUAAGCUCCAUCCUGCCAAUCGAAUCAACAAGGACAUGGAUCUGAAACAACGGCCCUGCAGACAGGUCCCAGACAACUCAGUCUCCGCCAGCAUCCUCCCUCCCCUGUCUGUUGUGUAGACACAGAGCUCGGGCCCUGAGAUGGCACCUCACACGCUGUUUCGAUACUCCGUGCUCCAAGGCAUGAAAAAUUUAAUGAAGCAGAACAUAUGGGAUAUCAAAAUAUGUAGCAAAUUAAACAGGAGUCUCAUUAUAAUCUCUUGAAAUCUAGGCUGUGUGUGUGUGUGUGUGUGUGUGUGUGUGUGUGUAGGAAGGAAGGAGUGACCGCAAAACACAUCUGAACAUUUAGGAUAAUCACAUGCUAAUUAUUUUCCUUGCACUUAAUAUUUUAAAUUCACUGUUUCGCUAUUUGCCGUUCUUGUCUAUUAAUGUUUUGUAUUGUGUCAUGUUUCAUGUUUUGUGUAGACACAGGAAGAGUAGCUGCUGCCUUCGCAACAGCUAAUGGGGAUACUAAUAAAAUACCAAAUACCCUAGCCUAGAUGCUUUGGAAAUCAAAGAGAGUGUUGAGGUCAGAGCUGACCUGGGUGUCCAUAUCAGGAGCAAUGAGUGAUGCAAGGCAAACUCUGAGGGGACCUGUCUAACUCCCAUUCCAUUAGGUGUUUAAUUACAGGGAAUCAAAGUGUUUAAUUAGGAGGAAUAAAAGAUGCUUAUGUGUUUGAUGGUCAACCAUCUGUGUCUCUAUUCUCCUGCUGCCUCAGCUAGUGCAGCCCUCUGCCCGCCUCUCCGUUACUCAUUUCAAUACUCAAGUUGAUUAUUGUGUCAGAAAAUGUGGGUAGAUCAUGUGUUAUCAAUUACUCCUUUGUAUGUUUGGUUAGUCAGGCCACAUGAUGGCGCUAUAGCGACAUGUCACACAAUGGAAUCCCAGACAAGGGUGUCGUGCCACUCAAUUAUUCUUAGUCAAUGAUUGCUCUUUGUGAGACAACUCGAUUUGAAUGAAAAAACUAUUAGACAUUUAAACAUUCAUUCAAACAUGUAUAUUGUUGAUGUAAUUAUGCAACACAUCAAUUAACCGCCACAUCUAUCAUCCUACAAAUUCAUUGAUUUACUCUACAGUCAGACACGACACAUCACACAGCAGAGCUCUGUUUGUUAAAUUGUUGAUGACUUAUCAUUGAAAAUCAGUCACUGUCUGGAAGGAAAACAUAUUUCAUUUAAAUCAGGAUUCAACAACAUGACUUAAAUGCCAACACAAUGCUGAACUGCUUUCAGUUUUUUUUUUUGCACAUUUCUUUCUUCUGCUGAUUAAUAUUAUACAAAUGUAACAAUAAAUAUUUGUUUAUAAAA